UUUUACCCUGCUGUGAAAGCGAGAGAGCGAGUAUAAAAAGCGGGAGAUGUCAAGCAGAAUGAACUCCACAUUGUACAACUGAGCCAAGAGGAUUCUUUCUUAGAAAAUCAAGGAAAUUAAACGACUCAAAGACCAUCUGAAAAUGGAAGUGGAUAAGCAGAACGUUCAGACUGAGAAGGUUCAGGUCACAGACCAUGAUCUGUCUGAGCAGAUAAAAUCUGUGACUAAAGAAAGCCACGUGCGAGCUGAGAACACCGAACUGAUGCUGGCCUUCCAGAAAGCGAACAUCAGCCUGGACCAGUAUAAGCUGCUGUUGUGCUCCUUGUAUAAGAUCUACGAAGCUCUGGAGGAGGAACUGGACAAAAACGCUUCUCAAGACAGCGUCGCACCGAUUUACUUUCCUCAGGAACUGGCCAGGUUGCCGGCAAUUAAGAAGGAUCUGGAGCACUUUUAUGGUCCGGACUGGAAAGAGAAGGUGACCGUACCGGCUGCUACACUGAGAUACGCUCAGAGACUGAGAGAGGUUGGCAGCGAGCAUCCUGAAUACCUCGUGGCUCACGCUUACACUCGCUACCUGGGUGACCUGUCAGGUGGCCAGGUGUUGGGUCGUAUUGCCCAGAAAUCUUUAGGACUGAAGACUGGAGAUGGUUUGACGUUCUUCACUUUUCCGUCCGUCAGCAGCCCGAAUCUGUUCAAGCAGCUGUACAGAAGCAGGAUGAACAGCAUCGAGCUGACGGAGACACAGAGACAGGGCGUGCUGGAGGAAGCUGUCAGAGCAUUCGAGUUCAACAUCCAGGUGUUUGAAGAACUCCAGAACUUGUUGAAUGUCUCAGAGAAGAAUGAGUUGAGGCAGAGAAACAAAACGCCCAACACAAAGACUCCAGAUGUCAGAGUGUGCCAGCGCUCAGCGCCAUCAUUGUCCUCCUCACUGACGUCUCCCUCUCAGCUGCUUAGGAUGCUGCUUGGUCUCUGUUUAGCUCUGGCAGUGGGAAUGGGAAUGUACGCAUUUUAAGUAUUACGACUAUGUAACAUGUAAAUACUGUACCAUAUGCAAAUUUAGAUAAACUGAAGAGUUGAAGUUACAUUUCAGAUCAGGGACAUUCUCUUUACACUCCUAGCAUGCACUUUUAAUUCAGGCAGGUCAUAUUUUGUAUAAUGUGUAAUUAUUUGUGUUUCAUUCACGUCUUUGUUAGGAUUUAGUACACUGUUUAGGUACUUUAUUAUCUGAUGACCUGUAAUGAAUGUAGCAAUCGUGUAAGUGUGUGUGUGUGUGUUUGUGCGCGUAUGUGAGUGAGAAAGAGACAAGACAGCAUGUACCUAUAAUGCGCAUUCUGAAAAAGAUUUUUGUAAUUAUCAUUAAGGUGUACAUGAUUUACAUUUUUAAUAAAACACUGAAGCAAGAUUAAACAGAA